AUGGCGACUAAGGACUCUUUACCCAAGCCAAUCACAGCCGCGGACGACGUGAAGGAGGCGCCACACACGGUGAUGAUCCUGAAGCGGCCGUACGAGAACGUGCAGGACCAGUACAGCAUGGGCAAGGAGCUGGGGCGCGGGCAGUACGGCGUGAUCCGCGAGUGCAAGGACAAGAUGACGGGCGUGUCGUUCGCGUGCAAGUCCAUCAGCAAGACGAAGCUGAGCGGCACGCGCGAGGUGGAGGACGUGCAGCGGGAGAUUAAGGUGAUGGAGGUGCUGCGCGGCCACUCGGCUGUCAUCGAGCUCCACGCGACUUACGAAGACCAGAAGCGCGUGCACCUGAUAAUGGAGCUGUGCGAGGGCGGGGAGCUGUUUGAGCGCAUCAGCCAGCGGCACCACUACCCGGAGGACGAGGCGGCGCUGCUCACACGCACGCUCAUCUCCGUCGUGCAGCACUGCCAGGCGCACGGCCUCAUGCACCGCGACCUCAAGCCCGAGAACAUCCUGCUCGUCAACCGCAAGUCGCACACGCAGGUCAAGGUCGUGGACUACGGGCUCGCCGCCUUCGUCAAGCCGGGCGGCAAGCUGACAACAAUGGCGGGCAGCGCGUACUACAUAGCGCCCGAGGUGCUGAACAACAACUACGGCAUGGAGGCGGACAUGUGGAGCGUGGGAGUCAUCCUCUACAUCCUGCUGUGCGGGCUGCCGCCCUUCUGGGCGGAGAAGGAGGAGGGCAUAUUCGAGGCCAUCAAGACGGGCAAGGUGGACGUGUUCAGCGGGGGGUGGGAGAGCGUGUCCAUGGACGCCAAGGACCUCGUGCUCAGGAUGCUCACCAGGGACCCUCAGAAGCGAAUCACGCCGGAGAAGGCUCUCGCGCACCGGUGGAUAAAGCAGCACUGCAGCAACGCAGCAGACCAUCUCCCGGGGCUGCCCGCAAAGCCAGUAACAGCGGACUCGCGGGCGUUGGCUGCAAAAGGCGGCGGUGGGAGCAGUGACAGGGCGAGGCGGAGCAGUUCUAACGUGAGCCGCACCAAGACUGCUGAUACUGGCGCGCUGCUGGCCGCUCUGGCGGAUCUGCAGGACGGCGGGGGCGGAGGGGGAGGCGGGGGCGGGGAGAGGGGAGGCGGGAGGCACAGGAGAACUGGGUCCCGCGGGACAGACGCUGGGGAAGAUGAGGAGGAGCGGAAGCGGCACAGGGACCGGGACCGGGACGGGGGCAAGGGAGGGAAGAAGCAGGAUGACAGCGUGAAGGAGAUGUUUGCAGCGGCGAAGGACGCGCUAAGGGGCAAGGAGAAGGACGGAGGAGGGGGGAAAGAGGAUAAGGAACGGCUGGCGAAGCUUCUGGCAAAGAUGGAGGAGGUUAAGGCGUGGGAGAAGGACCGGACGGGCGGGCGGCCUUCGUCGUCUGCUUCUCGGAGCAGCAGGCGGGGGGACGACGGGGAUGAGAAGGGCGGGAGGGAGAGAGAUGGCGCUGGGUCGAGCCGGUUUCCGAGGGAUUCGAGCACGUCUAGCCGGAGCAGUAAUGCUGAUCGGCUGUCGCGGUAUAGGUCUGAUGCUGCGAGCAUGCUGGGUGCUCUAGAGGAGGAAGGGGGGUCCCGCCUCCGGGGAAGCGGCAGCAGCAGCCGGAGGCAAAUGGAGAGCCCGUCAGGCUCGGGUGGGUCUGGCCGGGAACGAAGCGGCGGUGCAGGCUCGGGGCGGUCGUUGCAGGUGCUGGAGGAGUCAGAUGCGGAAGGAGGGGGGUGGACUAGUGCGAGGAAAGAGGGAGAGUCGCCAGGAUCGGGAAAGGAUAAGAAGAAAGGAGGGGAUCAGGAAAAGGGGGGAGCGGAUGAAGCGAAGGGAGAGGAGGGAGGGGAUGAGGAGGGUGGCAGGGGGAAGGUGACAGCAAAUGGAGUGGCGGAGGAGGGGGAGGCGGGGGAAGGUGGGGGGGAUGCGGAAGGGGCAGGUGGGGAGGAGGGCAAGACAGGGGAUGCGGUGGCAGAAGGGGGGGGCGGAGCUGGUGUUCCACUGCGCUCCCCCAAGCGCGGCGGGCGGGAUGGGGAGGACGGGGAUGACAGUGCUCUGUCUAGGAACAAGUCUGUGAGUGCUUCGUGGCUUGAAGCGGAAGAGGUGAAGCGGGGAGAAGGAGGCGGGCAUGAGCGGGGUGAUAGGGACGGCCGGAGGGACCGAGGCGGGAGGAGAGGGGAGGACGGUGGGGAGUUUGGAGGGUUUGGUGGAGGGGGGAGGGAGAGGGGCGGCGGAUGGGAUGAUGACGAUCGGAGCGACAGAAGCCGGGAGAGAAACAGGGACCGGGACAGGGACCGCUUUCGUCCUUCCGCCCUGCUCACCAUGUUCCGUUCCGCCAAGCGCGUUCUCCUCCCCGCCGCGCGCGCGGCCGCCGGCGUUGCGCGGAUCCACGGAUCCGCCGCUGCGUCCGCCGAGUCGGCGAGCCUAGCGGAGGCUUACAAGCGCGUAGCGCCGCAGCUGGACGUGCCGUCCACGCCGCUGACUUACCUCAAGGAGCGUCCCGCCGUGUCGGCCACGAUCCCGGAAAAGCUCACGCUUAACCUCUCUCUACCUCACGCUAUGCCGUACAGCGCGAAAGAGGUGGACAGCGUGAUCAUCCCUGCCACGUCAGGCCAGAUGGGCGUGCUUCCAGGCCACGUGGCGUCCAUUGCGGAGCUCAAGCCGGGCCUGCUGACAGUGAUCGAGGGAACAACCGAAACAAAGCUGUUCGUGAGCAGCGGGUUCGCGUUCGUGCACCCCAACAGCGUGCUCGACGUGGCAGCCGUUGAUGCGGUGCCGCUGGACCAGAUCGACGGCGAGGAGGUGAAGAAGGGCCUGGCUGCGGCGCAAGCCAAGGUGGCGAGUGCAACGACUGAUUUGGAGAAGGCAGAGGCUCAGAUCAGCGUGGAUGUGCACAGUGCUCUCAGUGCUGCCCUGGGGCUCGAGCCCAUGCCCUCCAACUCUGCCCAUUCUCGCCGUCAACCGCGCGCAACCGCCGCCCUCCUUCUCCCAUCGCUACUCGCGCCUCUUCCUCCCGCCAUGGCCAGCCGAACGCUGGAGCGAAUAGCGCUCGUCUGUUUCGCGACCUACACUGCGUACUCGCUAUUGCAUCGCCCGCAGGAACCAUCCCCAGCUGUCCGCGGCGCGAUAACAGCAGCAAGGGAGGCGACAGACGCAAUGGCAUCGCAGGUUGAGGAACGGGUGCCGCACAUGUUUCACUUCUUGGAGGACAAUCUCAUGAUCGAGUGGUGGGACUGUGACUUCAAAGCAUGGUACUACCGUCCUUAUCGAGACAUCGUAGAGGCCAAGCUGGGAGGAACAGAGUCAGGUUAG